AUGACUUAUCAUAUGAACAAGGAGGAAGUCACCGUGAUCAAACUUCAAGAAUUGUUGAGAAUUGCUGAAAGUGGACUUAAAGACAAAGCUGUCGAGUGCACCCCUACUGUUUUUGCCCCCAUCCUUGCUAUAGGACAUGGAAGAGGGAAGAAGAUGAAAGCUCCCUCUAAGAUCCAUAAGGGAAAGUUCUAUGAUGGAUCCUCUUCAAAUGGAUCCAAAGGUAAAGCCGGUUCUGCCACUCCCUCAUCCGAUCCUAAAGAAGCAAUGUGCUUCUACUGUAACGACAAAGGGCAUUGGAAACGAAGCUGGCCAAAAUUCUUGUAG